AUGGUUGAAGAAUCUGAAAUAACUGAAACUAAUUCUACAAAUGUUCUUGAUGAAAAUCGUGAAGUUAUUAAUCAAUAUAUUAGAAAAGUUAAAGAACAUCGUGAUUUAGAACAAAAAUUAAAACAACUACGUAUUGAUAUGAUAGAAUUGAAUAAGAAAGAUAUGAAGAUAGAAGAAGAUUUGAAAGCAUUACAGAGUAUAGGACAGAUAGUAGGAAAUGUAUUACGUAAAAUUGAUGAUAAUAAAUAUAUUGUAAAAGCAAGUUCAGGACCACGUUAUGUAGUAUGUUGUAAAGUUAAUAUAGAUGUGAAUUUAUUAAAAAGUGGUACAAGAGUAGCACUUGAUAUGACUACAUUAACUAUUAUGAAAAUAUUACCAAGAGAAGUUGAUCCAAUUAUUUAUAAUAUGUUAAAUCAUACAAAUAAUAAUCGAACUACCGGAGAAAAAAAAGAUACAAAUAAUAAAUCUACUGAAGAAAAAAUUGGAACUACUGAAGAAAAAGAUGCAAAUAAUAGAACUACUGAAGAAAAAAUUGGAACUACUGAAGAAAAAGAGGAAGAAAAAGAUACAUAUAAUUCUAUAGGUGGAUUAAAUAAACAAAUUAAAGAAAUGAGAGAAGUUAUUGAAUUACCUUUAAAAAAUCCUUUUCUAUUUAAACGUAUAGGUAUUAAACCACCAAAAGGAGUAUUAUUAUAUGGACCACCUGGAACGGGUAAAACAUUAUUAGCAAGAGCAUUAGCAAAUGAUUUGGGAUGUAAUUUUCUUAAAGUUGUUGCAUCAGCUGUUGUUGAUAAAUAUAUCGGCGAAUCCGCUAAAAUUAUACGUGAAAUGUUUGGUUAUGCUAAAGAUAAUCAACCAUGUAUAAUAUUUAUUGAUGAGAUAGAUGCAAUUGGUGGUAGAAGAUUUUCACAAGGUACAAGUGCAGAUCGUGAAAUUCAACGUACAUUAAUGGAAUUAUUAACACAUUUGGAUGGAUUUGAUGAAUUAGGACAAGUUAAAAUUAUCAUGGCCACUAACAGACCAGAUGUAUUAGAUCCAGCACUCUUAAGACCAGGAAGAAUUGAUCGGAAAAUUGAAAUACCAUUACCCAAUGAAACUGCCCGAAUCGAAAUAUUAAAAAUACAUACACAAAAAUUAAAUAUACAAUAUCCCAUCAAUUAUAAUAAUAUAUGUAAAUUAUGUGAUGGAUUUAAUGGUGCUGAUAUGAGAAAUAUAUGUACAGAAGCUGGUAUAAAUGCUAUACGUAAUAUGAGAGAUUAUAUAAUAGAAGAAGAUUUUUUUAAAGCAGCAAGAAAAUUAACUGAAAAUAAAAAAUUAGAAGGUACAUUAUCAUAUGAACAAGUCUAA